AUGCUCGUCCUCCCCGGCGCCUCCGUCUUCCACCCUCCUCAGCGAGCGGCCCUCCUCGCGCGCGUCAAUGCCAGCGCACCGCAGGUCACCUCCGUCGACGCCGUCUACGUUCACUACGUCGAGCCCGUCUCGCUCGCGGCAGGCAAGACUCUCGCCGACCCAAACUCGAAGGAGCGCAAGGUCCUCGAUGCGCUUCUCAAGUACGGCGACGACUAUGCGCUUGCCGAGACUCGGCCGGCUGUUGAUCUCGCCGUCGAGGUCGGCAAUGCGCCCGGCGUGAUCUGGGUCGUCCCGCGUGCCGGAACCAUCUCGCCUUGGUCGUCGAAGGCGACCGACAUCGCUCGUAUGUGCACGCUCGACGGCACCGUCCAGCGCAUCGAGCGCGGCAUUGCAUUCGUCGUCAAGGCCAAGGAAGGCGCUCAGCGUGUCGCACACCUGGAGAACGUCGCGCACUUCCUCCACGACCGCAUGACCCAGCUCCUCCUCGACCAAAAGCCUGAAGCCAAGGCCCUCUUCGAGCGUGGAUCGCCUGCGCCACUCAAGACGAUCGACUUGAGGGACAAGAGCGUCACCGAGGCAAAGGAGAAGCUCGUCAAGGCGAACGAAGAUUUAGGGCUCGCGCUUGCUGGCGACGAGCUCGACUACCUCGUGGAGUCGUUCCUCGCGUCGGCUGCGAGCGGACGCGACCCGACCGACGUCGAGCUGUUCAUGUUCGCCCAGGUCAACUCGGAGCACUGCCGGCACAAGAUCUUCAACGCUGCAUGGGUUGUCGACGGCCGGGAGAAGGACAACUCGCUCUUCGCCAUGAUCCGCAACACCCACAAGCUCACUCCCGAGCACACCAUCUCCGCCUACUCGGACAACGCCGCCGUCAUCGAUGGCUCGGUCGUUCCCCGCUUUGCCGCCGCGCCCUCGACUGCCGCCAACGUCCCCGUCUACCAGGCAAACGAGGAGCACAUGCCGAUCCUCAUCAAGGUCGAGACGCACAACCACCCUACCGCUGUCUCGCCCUUCCCUGGUGCCGCUACCGGUUCUGGCGGCGAGAUCCGUGACGAGGGCGCGGUUGGUCGCGGUUCGCGCCCAAAGGCUGGUCUUGCCGGCUUCACCGUCUCGAACCUCCUCAUUCCCGACUUCGUUCAGCCCUGGGAGACCGACUUUGGCAAGCCCGCACACAUCGCCUCGCCGCUCGACAUCAUGAUCGAGGGUCCGCUCGGCUCGAGCGCCUUCAACAACGAAUUCGGGCGACCAGGAUUGACGGGCUACUUCCGCACGUUCGCCGAGGAGAUCCCUUCACUCGACAAGGACGGCAAACCCUCGACCGAGAUCCGUGGGUACCACAAACCAAUCAUGAUCGCCGGAGGCUACGGCAACGUUCGCCCCGAGUUUGCGCUCAAGGACAAGAUCGAGCCUGGCGCGCGUCUCAUCGUCCUCGGCGGUCCCGGCAUGCUCAUCGGUCUCGGUGGAGGUGCCGCGUCGUCGAUGGCGUCUGGCUCGUCCUCCGCCGACCUCGACUUUGCCUCGGUCCAGCGCGAGAACCCCGAGAUGCAGCGGCGGUGCCAGCAGGUCCUCGACACCUGCGUCUCGCUUGGCAAGGAGAACCCGAUUCAGUCCGUUCACGACGUCGGCGCAGGCGGUCUCUCGAACGCUCUUCCCGAACUCGUCCACGACGCCGACCUCGGCGGUGUCUUCGAGAUCCGCGAUGUCCUCGUCGACGACCCCGGCAUGUCGCCCAUGGAGAUCUGGUGCAACGAGAGUCAGGAGCGCUACGUCCUGGCUGUCGGGCCGGAAAACCUCGAGCGCUUCGAGGCGAUCGCCAAGCGCGAGCGCUGCCCGUACGCAGUUGUCGGAACCGCCACGACCGAGCAGAAGCUCGUCGUCACCGACCGCCUCCUCGGCCAGGAUGCUAUCAACCUGCCGAUGUCGCUCCUCUUCGGCAAGCCUCCUCGCAUGAACCGCAAGGCUGUCACCCUCCAGCCGCCUCGCAACGCCUUCGACUCGUCGCUUACGACCUACCUUCCGCUCGCCGAGUCGACUCGCGAUCUCGUCGACCUCGCCGUCGAGCGCGUCCUUCACCUUCCUUCGGUCGGCUCGAAGUCGUUUCUCAUUACGAUUGGCGACCGCUCCAUCUCGGGUCUCGUCGCUCGCGACCAGAUGGUCGGCCCGUGGCAGGUUCCCGUCGCCGACGUUGCCGUCACGUCCGCUUCGUACGGCUUUGACGUCCUCGCCGGUGAGGCCAUGGCGAUGGGCGAGCGUACGCCUCUCGCGCUCCUUUCGCCUGCAGCAUCCGCUCGCAUGGCCGUUGCUGAGUCGCUCCUCAAUCUCGCCGCCGCCAACACCCCUUCGCUCGCGCACGUCAAGCUGUCGGCGAACUGGAUGACCGCGGCUUCAUACAACGAUGGCAACGAAGGUGCGGCUCUGUACGAGGCGGUCCAGGCGAUCGGCAUGGACCUCUGCCCGGCACUCGGUGUCAGCAUCCCGGUCGGCAAGGAUUCGAUGUCGAUGUCGAUGGGAUGGAACGACGAGGCCGGCCAGCGCAAGACCGUCACUGCGCCCAACUCGCUCGUCGUCACCGCCUUCUCGCCCGUCACCAACGUUGAUCAGACCUGGACGCCUGAACUCCAGGUCUUACCCGAGCCGACCGUGCUCGUCUUCUUCGACUUCGCGAACGGCAAGCAGCGUCUCGGCGGUUCGGCUCUCGCGCAGGUCUUCAAGCAGAUCGGCUCGGAGGCGCCGGAUGUCGAGGACGCGAAGGUCCUCAAGGCCUUCCUCGAGGGCUGCAACCGGAUUCGUGCCGAGCACCCCGAGGUCGUCCUCGCAUACCACGACCGAUCAGACGGCGGUCUCUUCACGACCGUCGUCGAGAUGUGCUUCGCGGGUCGUAUCGGCGCGGAGAUCAUGGUCGACGCGUUCAAGAAGGACGACGACGCAAUCGCUGCCCUCUUCAACGAGGAGCUCGGCGCCGUCUUCCAGGUUCGCCAGUCGGACGUUCCUGCGUUCUCGCAGGCCUUCAUCCGCGCCGGCGUGCCCUCGACCGCGAUCCACCCUAUCGGUCGCGUCGCUUCGAGCCGCGAGGACCAGGCCGUCAGCAUCGCUUCGGGUGGCGCCUUGCUCUGGUCCUCUACCCGCGCAGCGCUGCAGCAGCAGUGGGCCGAGACGUCGUACCGGAUGCAGGCUCUCCGCGAUAGCCCUCAGGGUGCCCUGGAAGAGUUCGAGAACAUCGCUCGUGACGACAACACCGGCCUCUUCUAUCGCCUCUCGUUCGACCCGGCGCAGAACGUCGCCGACCCCUUCCUCGAGAAGCUGACCUCGCUCAACGACCGACCAAAGGUCGCCAUCCUCCGCGAGCAGGGUGUCAACGGCCACAUCGAGAUGGCCUGGUCCUUCUCGCAGGCUGGCUUCGCCGCCGUCGACGUCCACAUGUCGGACCUGAUCACCGGCAAGGUCUCGCUCGCCGACUUCAAGGGUGUCGCCGCAUGCGGUGGCUUCUCCUACGGUGACGUUCUCGGUGCCGGCAACGGAUGGGCGAAGUCGAUUCUCCUCCACGACCGCGCACGAAAAGAGUUCUCCGCCUUCUUCAACGACCGCACCGACACCUUCGCCCUUGCCGUCUGCAACGGUUGCCAGCUCUUCUCGCAGCUUCGGGAACUCAUCCCCGGCGCCGAGAACUGGCCGUUCUUCAAGCAGAACCUGUCGGGCCGCUUCGAGGGUCGCGUCUCUCUCGUCGAGGUUGUUGACUCGCCUGCGACGAAGGACUCGGUCUUCCUCCGCGACAUGGCCGGCUCCAUUCUCCCUAUCGCCGUCGCACACGGUGAAGGUCGCGCGACCUUCAUUGCUCCCGCGUCGCAGGAGAAGAACGCCGCAAACGUCGUCGUUCGUUACGUCGACCCGUCCGGCCAGCCGACCGAGCGCUACCCGUACAACCCGAACGGCUCGCCCGGCGGAAUCACCGGUGUCCAGGCGCUCAACGGCCGCGUCCUCGCGAUGAUGCCGCACAAGGAGCGUGUCCAGGUCCUCGCGGCCAACUCGUGGUACCCGAAGGAGGCGGGCAAGAAGUGGAACCGGCGCGGACCUUGGACUCGCGUCUUCGAGAGCGCUCGUGUCUGGGUCGGUUAG